GUUAGUGGGAAUAUCUACUAUAAAUAUGAUACAUUCCAGGAAGUCCUUAUGCAGUAUAUUCAUGCCUAUGAAAAUGGUGAGCUUCAUGCAAUUCCAAUCCCUGGUUCUCCAUUCUGGCCAAUCAAAUCACAGUCUAUGUCCUCAGAUAAGGAAGAUCUUUAG